CAGUGUAACCUUCUGCAUCUCCUUGGGGUGAAGGCACAGCCAGCCUAGCCAUUCUGGUCUCUUAAGCAAAGGCACUACGCUUUCUCAAAAGAGAUGGUAUCUGUCCUCUGUUAACCACAGUGCAACUCCUUGGUGAAGUUGUUUUUCAUUGUUUUAAUCAGAGAUAAGGCUGAAGUCAAGCAUCUGCGUGCGUAUGUACAUGCACAGGAUUUGGCCUACGUCACUCUUGCACACCUAUCUUAGGCACAUUACCUGAUGUUCUGAUGGAUUUUGGUUACCCAGAGGUUAUAUUUAAUAAGAGAGAAUGACUGAUGCUCAGAACAUCUCAAGACAGGCAGCACACAUCUGGACAUAUUCUCAGUUUGCUACCGUGGAUGAUCAUUACUGACUAAAAGUGGCACAAAUAUUCCCUGCUCCCAGCUACAUCAUCUGAUUCUCCAAUUUCGAAACUACUAAUCCUGCAGGAUUUCCUAUCUUUGCACAAACAUGGAAGCCCAACAGAACAAGCUUGAAUUCUUCCAUAAGCUGGGCUAUAGCAAGAAGGAGGUGUGCAAAGUGCUGGAGAAAUUAGGUCAAGAGGCUUCGGAGAAUGAUUUGCUGCAAGAAUUGAUUCUCAUGGGAAAGAGACCUCGGAAGAGUGAGAGUGGAACACAAUGUUUUCAGCCCAAUCUUGCUGCUUGUGGAGUACCGGGGCCCCUCCCAUUUCCCCAGGACUCUACUGAGGAACCAAGUGAGGCGUCUGAUCAUUUGAGGCCUAUUGUAAUCGAUGGGAGCAACGUUGCAAUGAGUCAUGGAAACAAAGAAGUGUUUUCAUGCUUAGGAAUUCAGCUGGUGGUAGAUUGGUUCAAGCAAAGAGGUCACCAGUACAUCAAAGUUUUUGUUCCAUCUUGGAGAAAGGAACAGUCUCGAUUUGAUACCCCUGUCACAGAUCCGCAUAUCCUUGAAAGCUUGGCCAAGCAAGCAAUUCUCAUCUACACACCAUCCCGCAAAAUAAAGGGCAAAAGAAUGAUGUGCUAUGAUGAUCGCUACAUUGUUAAAUUGGCCUAUGAGCAAGACGGGGUCAUUGUUUCCAACGACAACUUUCGAGAUCUGCAGAAUGAAAACCCUGAGUGGAAAUGGUUCAUUGAGCAGCGACUGCUCAUGUAUUCUUUCGUCAAUGACAAAUUCAUGCCACCUGAUGAUCCUUUGGGCCGACAUGGACCUUCUCUGGACAAUUUUCUUAGCAAGAAACCUAUUUUCUCUGAAUCAAAAUGGCAGCUCUGUCCUUAUGGCAAAAAGUGUACAUAUGGCAUCAAGUGCAAAUUUUACCACCCAGAAAGACUGAACUGGGACCAUCUCUCUGUAGCUGAUGAACUCCGGGUCAAAGCUAAAACCUACACAUCCAGUCAAAAGACUGAAGAAGAGAAGAAGGGAACAAACCCCACAAAGAAUAAGAGUGGACAACCAUCAUCUCUAUAUAGUCCCAGAAGUGCUAUUAACAGAAGUAGCACAGCACUCAGCUCAGAAGUAGUUCACGCUAGUGUCCCACAACAGAUAGGAGAGUACCAGAUGGAUUCAGCUAACAACUGGACAAACAUGUAUCAGGACAACUACCAGGUUCCAUUAACUUUAUUACAACAUGAUCAAACUGGAUAUGCAGCAGCUGUAUCCGAACAAUUCACUGCAUCUUCUCUAACUGCCAGGACAUAUUCUGGAAAUACACUUGGAGGAUCUGUAAAAUAUGAACCUCUAGUAGGUGGCCAUUAUCUCAGGUACAGCCAAGGUCCACUUUUGUCUCAUCACAACCGGUGCUUGGACUGUCCAUGUUUAGAAAUGUGUAACUUUCAGGGGUGUUGUAGGAAACAGGCAUCAGCAAUACAGAACUUACAAACACCUUCCUUUUUAGCAAGGCAGAUUUCAAAGGCCCAGUCCAAUGAAGAACAGGAUUCUAUAGAUUCUUCUGCUGAGGUAUUUUCAUAUAGCAAGUAUGGGGAGAUGGGUCACAUUGGACAUUUGCAAACCAGACCUUAUGACCAAUUAUUUUUGUUAAAUUCCAACUCACUCAGAAGACACAAUUGUCCUUCUGGUGUGGAGUCUCAGCAGAAUGUUGCUCAAACUCCAUUUUCUCAAGAGCAAGCAAAUGGCCAGCAACCCCUAAGGCUUAUGUUCCCAUAUUUUCAGGAAAACCAAGCCUUAAUUUCCUCCAACACAGACAUAGUGAGAAAUUUUAUACCAUUAGCUAGGAAGCAGGAGAAUCUGCAUAGUAGGUUCCCUAAUAGGAAACCAUGGUGAAGGUUUUCUCAUGUCUUCUUUACACAAGGUACAUUCAACUUCAGCAAAUCAACUGGUAAGAACAGAAACAGAUAUAUAGAUAUAUACACAAGUGCACACAAAAUUUGUUUUUCUGGUUUCAAACAUUUAUGUCCUGUGUUACCAUCCUGAGAAACAGCCUAAUUUUCAAUCUGUUAAGCCAAUUUAUAUUUGGAUCCUUCCUACAUGCACUUCCCACAAACAUCCUCUUAGAUGGCUUCAGAUUCAUAUAUGUUUCUAUUCUAUUCCCCAACAAUUUCUUAUUCUUUUAUCAAACCAUGAGCAAGGGCUUUUUUUCAAUCUGUUUGGUAAGGUUUAUGUUUAACAAAAGUAUUCUAUGCUCAAGUCAGAGUAAACUCUUGGUGACUACAUAAAUAUGACCAUGUACAGUAAGUUUAGUUUGUUAUUUACUGGACUAUCCUAUUUGUAGUUUUUUUGGCAACAAUACAACAAAAAUAUGAGUUAUUUGCAAUUGCCUUUUUCUAGGAUGUUUUUCUAACAGAUCUGAGAUUCCCUGGUGGUCUCCCAUCCAGGGCUGUCACUGCUGAGUCUUUAAGAGAACAGCCAAGUUCAGUAAAGGACCUCCAGCUGCUCUGACAUCAGGGCCGGAUUUAGAUGAAAAGAGGCCCUAGGCUAUUCCACUUAUGAGGCCCUUUCACCUAUAGUGAAAGUGUAAUUUUAAUUUUGCUAACAAUUUGAAUGUAGGCCCCUCUUGAACUUGAGGCCCUAGGCUGAAGCCUAGUUAGCCUAUAGGAAAAUCCGACCCUGUCUGACAUGCUAGUCUUGCAGCAGAAAGGCAAAGGCAGAAAUGACAACAGUGUUUUCCCAAUCACCAAGGAAUAUAUUUUCAGUCAUUCUGACUAAUUGGACUCCAAGUACAGUAUUGGGCUUAUGACUGCAUACAUUUAUACCAGGGGUGAAAUGCUCCCGGUUCGGACCGGAUCGCUUGAUCCGGUAGCGAUGGCGGCGGGUGGUUCGGAGAACUGGCAGCAAAAAUACCUGCCAAGCUGAGCCGCGCGAUCAUCAGAGGCUUUUUUUUUUUACUUUUAAAAGCAUUUUUUCUACAACCUCUUAGGCCGAGUUAAAGUUAAAAAAAAAAGCCUCUGAUGAUCGCGCAGCUCAGCUCGUCAGAGGCUUUUAAAAGCAUUUUUUUUCUGCAACCUCUUUGGCCAAAGAGGUUG